AUGGAUAUUUCAAUUUCAUCAGCGCAGAGGUAUCAUACAUACAAAGUUUAUGAUGCUUCAGAUGCUAAGACUCAAGUAUCAUACAGCAGUGAACCUGGUGAAGGUGGAAUUGUUGCUUUCCGUGACUACGAUAAGAAAAUCUCAUCACAUUAUUGGGACUGGUUGGCCUUCGCCCUUAUGACUUGUCCAACUUUAGUCAUCCCAUUGGUCUUGUGGUACAACAGCAACAGCUUAUAUGAAAAAGUGAGCAAGCCAAGCAAAAAGAAUUAG